AUCGCGUUGCAUGGAAUGGGAAACGCAUAGCAACCACGCAGCUCCACCUUGUCCCAAAUCGAUCCAUGCAGUAGUGCAGCGUCGUUCGACCCGUGACUCGUGAGGCGCGCUCAAAUCCGGACGCUCUCGCUGGUGCAAUCAGUAGACAGUAGUGGCACUCUCUACUCUGCAGUCACUUCCCCCUGAUCUUCCUCCGUGCCCAAUCCAUGGCGCUCACCCGCUGCUUCCCCAUCCUCCUCCUAGUCGCCAUGACGGCGACCGCCGGUGCCUCUGAGGACCGAGCCGACUUCUACGUGAGCAAGUGCUACCCGCCACCGACGCCCACCGCGGACAACGGCGGCGCGUUCCGCGGGAACCUCCUCUACCUCCUCGACGCCCUCCCUACAGUCGCCGCGCCGACGGGCUUCGCCUCCCUCUCCCUGCAGAACGCCGGCAGUGCCGUCACCGACCGCGCGUUAGUUCGUGGCCUCUGCUUCGGCGACUCCGCGCCCAAGCCGUGCCGCCGCUGCCUGUCCAACGCCGGCAAGAAGAUCACCAAGCAAUGCGGCGACGCCAGCCGGCGCGCCGGCUUCUGGGACGAGCGCUGCUUCUUGGGCUACGCCGAAGGCGCCAACUUCUCCUCUGCCGGUGCGGACGACGACUUCGGCGCCGUGGUCUUCUCCGGCGACACUGUCCCGAGCCCCGACAUCGUCAGCGUGCGGAGGCUCGAGGCGCUGGCGCAGUCCCUGGCCCCGCGGGCCGCGAAGGGUUCGGUGGCCACCGCCGACGCGACCACUCCGGCGACCAAAGGCGACACUACAGCUGGAAACCGCACGGUGCGUGUGCUGGCGCUGUGCGCGAGGGACCGCGCCGCGGCGGACUGCGCCAGUUGCCUGCGGGAUGCGUCGCUAGUGGUGGCAAAGAGCUGGGAGGUGGACGGCGACGCUCAUGGACGUGUGGCCGCGGUCCUCGGCUCGAACUGCUACCUGCGCUUCGAGAUAUCGACUUCAUUGCUGGCCAUCAUCAGAAGGAUGAUAAACGAUAAUCCGGUUCUUUCCGCGUUCGUUGCCUUUCUGAUUGUCUUGGUCAUCGGCGCGGUGAUCGUUCAUGUCUUCGCUCGGAGGACGACGAAGGCCAGGAACAACAACAGGAAUGCUGCAGCAGCAUCGCCAGCUCUGGGCAUGUCUGGCAUAAAGACGAUGAAAUAAGCGAGAUGGAGUACAAGUUCGUCUGUGGCACACGAUGACGACGGUGGUUGCUCGCUGGGCCAUAGAGAUGACAUAUAUAUAAUCUAGCUAGGGAAGUGUUAUGUUUUGUUCUAGUCUCUGUUAUCUCGCUGACAGUGUAGCACGGCCAUUUCGCGCGAUCGUACGGAAAAUAAAAUUUCGAUCUGUUAGUGCUA